UGUGGUUGCCAGCCUACGAGCCAACACCCAACGAACCAUGCUCACCCCGCGCGCGAUGCUUCAAGAAAUUGAGGCGCCUCUCGCCGAGCAGAAGAAGGGUAAGGCGGUGUGCCCCGACUCGUACGUGCUCAGCUCGGCCCCCACGCGAUGCCCAACGGCAGAGCUGCCCACCUUCGACGACGAGCCGGCGCUCCCCGAGGCGGCGCCCUGCGAGGCGGUGCCCAUCAGAGGCCGGCGUUCCCGGGCGGGGCCUGCAGCGCCAGUGCCGAAGCUGGUCCCGCUCAGGCGCCUGCGGUCUGCGGCGUACUGGGCGCAGAAGGCCGCCGCCGCCGCCCAGCGGCCGGCGGGCUCGCCCUGGGAGCGGGGCGUGCGGCCGCGCCGCCCGUGCCUCGGCCUCGGGCCCGCGGCGGCCCCGCGGCCGGCAGCCGCGGGCGCCGGAGGAGGCGGCGGCCCAGCCGCGCCAGCGGCGGCAGGAGCCGCCGAGGGCGAAGGCGCCCAGGGCAGCCCCAAGGGCUGGGCGGGCGCCGUCUCGAGGAGGCUGUGCCGCGGGGCGCUCGCGUCGGUUGCGCCGCCGGCCCCGCCGCCGGCUGCACCGCCAGGGUCGCCCUCCGGUGCCGCUCCGAGGUCGCGUGGCCGGUCGUACCACCCGGCGGCCAGGACCAGUCGGUCAGAUGCAGGCAGUCGGGAGUGA